AGUUGUUGGGAUUGCGGAAGUGUCUGGGUCGCUGGAGUGACACCAGAGUGAAACCAGAGGAACGGGUCUUCACUGGGCCUGGGGCGGUUCCGGUUCGGGUCUGCUCUGCAUGUCAGAGCCCUGGGAGCCGCGGGUCACUGCUCGGUUCGGAAGCUGCAUUAAGUACUUGACCCUCUCUUCCCAGUGUUCGUGGUUGACUGGUCAUGAUGGCGGAUCACACGGAUGUCAGUCUGCUGCCGGAGGAGCGCGUCCGUGCGCUCACCAAGAAGGGAAGCACGGUGGAGGUGAACGACCUGGUGCCCCUGAGGCGCUACUUCCGCUCAGGCAUGGAGAUGGUGCGCAUGGCGAACGUCUACACGGACGAGGGCAGCAUCGAACACGCGUUCGUCCUGUACAACCGAUACAUCACGCUCUUUAUAGAAAAACUUCCCAAACAUCGUGAUUACAAGACGACGAACGUCCCGGAGAAGAAGGACACGCUGAAGAAACUGAAGGAUGUCGCAUUUCCUCAGGCAGAGAUUCUGAAAAAAGGUCUUUUGAGGAGAUUUGAACAGGAACACGCACAAUAUCUUGCCAAAAAGAAAGUGGAGGAUGAGGCCCUGGUGCAGGAGCAGUCGAGGCGCCGGGCGCUGGACGCCGAGCGGGAGCGCGUGGCCGAGAUGCAGCGGCGGCAGCGGGAGCAGGAGCAGUUCAGUGCCUUCGAGGAGAUGAUCCGCCGCCAGGAGCUGGAGAAGGAGCGCCAGCGCGUGCUCCUCGAGUUCGCCACGCCCAGCGUGCCCACCCCUGAAACGGCCCUCCUUCCGGGCAUCCAGGGCCCCCCGCUCGUCCCCCCCAGCGCCCCACAGAGCCUGGGGGACGUGUCCAGUGGCACCAACUACGAGUACAACCCCCCUUCAGCCGGCGGUACACCUGCCACCGCCCCGCCCACCUUCGACCGCGCGCUCAAGCCCGGCUCUCUGGUCAGCCCGGGGAACAACAAUACGAUGUCGGACGCCGUCCGGCAGCUGGCGGUUCCUGCCGAGCUGUGCCGGAGCUUCCUGAGGUUGGCCGAGGCCAACACCAGCCGAGCUGUGGAGACCUGCGGCAUCCUGUGUGGCAAACUGACCAGAAAUGCGUUUACUGUGACACACGUCAUCGUACCGAAGCAGAGCGGUGGACCCGACUAUUGUGACACGGAAAAUGAGGAGGAGCUCUUCCUCAUACAGGACCAGUACGAUCUCAUCACCCUGGGCUGGAUUCAUACUCACCCGACACAGACGGCCUUCCUGUCCAGCGUGGACCUCCACACACACUGCUCCUACCAGAUGAUGCUGCCAGAGGCCAUCGCCAUCGUCUGCUCGCCCAAGUUCAACGAAAUCGGCUACUUCAGUUUGACGGACCGGGGAACAAAUGAGAUCUCCACGUGUAAAGAGAAAGGCUUCCACCCUCACAGCAAAGAACCCCCUCUGUUUACACACGCGGGUCACGUCACCAUCACCAACGACACCGUGUCCAUGAUGGAUUUGCGGUGAUUUAGUUUCUGCUUCCACAAGAAGACUCACUGACUGUUUUAUCAAAUGAAGACUGGACUAAACACUUGUUUAUUGUCGGGACGCUACCGAGCAGAUGCCGCCCUCGAGUUUACCGUUCAUAUGGACUUCAGUCGUUCUCCAAAGGAACGACAACGUGAACUUAUGUUUUUGUCAGAAAACCAAUCUACAUAUUACUGCACUUUUUGAGCAAAAACAACUUCAACCUCUGGCUCUUCAACCCCCUUUGUCUCUGUGAACAUGUGCUUUACUUCCCAUUCAGAUUUUUGUUUUAUAAAUAAAAAUGUGUCUGUGAGUAACAGGUGAGCGUCUGGUAACUCAGCCUUUGUAGUUGUUAAAGUUUGGUCCUGCCUGACUUAUCAAGUGCCACGAGGAGAAGGUUCACUGGUCGAGUUGUUCACUGUGCAACACUACGUUCAGUGAAAAGUCUAAAGUUUGUAAUCAAAUCUUUGUUCUUUUACUAGACUGUAAAUAAAGAUGCACGUCUCCACUUCCUCCCACUGUACAAAAAUAAAGCCAAAAUAUUAGAGCAUAUGUAAA